AUGGUCAACGCUGCUUUGUCUAUCCAGGUUCGUUACCUGGAAUGUCCGAAGCUGAAAACCAGCAUUGACGCUUUUGGCCUCCGUGACGCCUCAUGGCUCCGCUUCUCGGUGUCCCCCAACGCCAACGCCAAUGGCAACACCCACCUCCGCGCUUGUUCAGUCGAAACCCCUGAGCGGUAUCAUAUUCCUUUCGAACAUAUCGAACUCAUCACAAAGGAUAAUGUCACCCUCAAGUCGUUUCUCUUCAUCCAGAAGAGACGUCUAGAGGAUGCGACAGACAUUCGAACGACUGCCACGACGGAUACCGAGUUUGCCGCACGGCGUCCGACUGUCAUUGUCUUUCACGGAAACGCAGAAAGUUAUGCAGACGGUGUCGUCUUUGCGCGAGUGCUCUACCUCCGCCUGAGGUGCAACGUUGCCCUCGCCAGCUAUCGAGGAUACGGGGAUUGUACAGGUGUACCGUCUGAGCACGGUAUUCAAAUUGACUCUCAGAUCCUUUAUGGUCUCUCAUUGGGAGGAGCAGUCGCAAUCGACCUGGCAAGUCGAAACCCAGAGACGAUUCAUGGCGUCGCGAUAGAGAAUACAUUUCUCUCAUUGCCCAAGAUGCUCCCCGUGCUCAUGCCAGCACUCAAGAGCUUCAAGUGGCUCGUCAAGGAUAAAUGGCGAAGCGAAGUCAAUAUCACCAAGAUUCCAUCGACGACGCCAAUGCUCUUCCUCAGCGGUGCCAAGGACGAAAUUGUGCCACCUGCGCACAUGCAGCAGCUGUAUGAUAUUGCCAUUUCCGAUUUUCCUGAUGCGGACGAUCCCAAAGCCGCGGUUCGCGUUGGAUCUCGGCGCAAAUUUGCUCGGUUUGAGAAUGGAAGACAUAACGAUACAUGGACGCAGCCAGAAUAUCGCAAGGCGCUCCGCGAGUUUAUCGACACCGUCGUCGUCGCGUUUCGUGAAAAGUAA